UAGGUGAACCAGAAAGCAGAACGCUUUUUUGUGAGUUGAAAUCUCGUUGACAGGACAGCGGUUUUCAUGGCUUCCAUCGUCGAGUAUACGAAUUAGGUUUGGAAUUCUAGAUCUGAAACUCGUUUCCAGGAACUCUGGGUCAGUGUAUGUCUACCCUAGAGCCCAUCGUUUCAAGCUUACGCUUGAGCAUUGUAUAGUCAGUAACUUAACUACGUGCAGUGCGGCUUACGCUCCCUCUAGGAGUACCUAGUAGUUAAUAUUUUCCUCACCAGAAUGAGCUACGACGCGGCGGUGGAGAGCCAGUCGGUGCCGUCGCGCGGCGGGGCGAUCUCGAUGGAGCAGCACCGGCGCGGGCGGCUGCUGAAGCAGCAGCUGCAGCUGGCCCCGCGGAAGACGCCGGACGGCAAGGAACGCAAGGAGAUCGCGGUGAUCGCGGAAACCCUGUCGUUCGAGAAGGGCUUCUUUCUCUUCAUCCGAGCCGUGCAGCUGCUGACUCAGAACAACGAAGGCAUGGUCCUCGUGGGACUCGCGGGCCCUUCUGGAGCCGGCAAAACGGUCUUCAGCGCCAAGGUCCUCAACUUCAUGCCUGGAAUCACGGUAAUAUCCAUGGACAAUUACAACGUCGCCAGUCGUGUUAUCGACGGCAAUUUUGACGACCCGCGCAUCACGGACUACGAGCUGCUGCUGAGCAACCUGCAGGGGUUGAGGGAGGGCCGCACGGUGCAGGUGCCGAUCUACGACUUCAAGAGCAGCACGAGGGUGGGGUUCAGAGAAGUGAAGGUCCCCAAGUCGCGGGUCGUGAUUAUAGAGGGGAUAUACGCGCUCAGCGAGCGGCUGCGCCCGCUGCUGGACCUGCGGGUGUCUAUAACGGGGGGGGUACACUUUGAUCUCGUUAAGAGGGUGCUGCGGGACAUCGACCGGUCGGGGCAGGCGCCAGAGGAGAUCAUACACCAGAUCUCAGAGACGGUGUACCCGAUGUACAAGGCGUUCAUUGAGCCGGACCUGCAGACGGCUCAUAUUCGCAUCGUCAACAAGUUCAACCCCUUUUCUGGAUUCCAAGAUGCCACUUACAUCCUCAAGGCACCUGAGUCCGAUUCUGCCGAAGCUGAGGCUCGGAUCCGGUCAGUGCUGUCUGCCGAGGCAGUGGCAGGUUCUGAGAGUGAGGAGACGUACGACAUCUACCUGCUGCCGCCAGGGGAGGACAAGGAAACGUGCCAGUCGUACCUAAGAAUGCGCAACAGGGAUGGGCGCUACUCGCUCAUGUUUGAGGAGUGUGUGACGGACGGCCCCUUUGUCAUCACGCCGCGCAUCACAUUUGAAGUGAGCGUGCGGCUGCUGGGCGGGCUGAUGGCGCUGGGCUACGAGAUGGCACACAUCCUCAGGCGCGAGUCGCGGGUCUUUCGGGACAAGCAGCAGCAGGUGGUGGUGAAGGUGGACCGGCUGGAGCAGAUCAAGAGGUCAUUUAUGCAGGUCCAAGGCAAGGACCGCAAGCGCGUGCGCGAGGUGGCGGGCCAGCUGGGCAUGGAGGGAAAGUACAGCCCGCGGCUCUAUAUUGAGGAGAUUCAGCUGCACAACCUGACAGAAGAAGUGCAGGCCCUAUCAGCAGAAAAUGUCCUCAAGGAGCGGUUCAGAGUGGCGGACCAUCUCCUGCCGUCAGGCAGCCCCAUGGGCGCGCCUCUCUCCUCCUCCCUCACCCCACCUCUCGUCUCCUCCUCCUGGACCCUCGGCCACAAGUUCGACCAGUCCAAUUGGAGCAAGGAUCAUCAGGGAGGCCGCAUCAACGCCUCUCCAGACAGCCUGGAGACGUCACCCAACCCCAACCAGAACGGCUCUGCUGCUGGUGCUGACACGCCUUCCCGCCGGCACAGGAGGGAAGGUGGGGGGGGCAGGCAUGCGGAUAGUGCAGGGGAGGGGGGAGGCGGCAGAAGAGCAGGAAGCUGCACUGGCGGUGGGAACGGAAGUAGGAAAUCUGUUGGGGAGGAGAAGGAAUUGGAGGGGAAAGCUUCGGGUGAAGAAGUGGCAUCUCUGAUUCGCUCCCAGUCUCGGAUCACUGAGCAGCUGACAGCUGUCGCCGACCGAUUGGAUGGGCUGCUGUCACGGUUGGAUAUCAUUUCGACUGGAGCAGGGGGUGCUGUGACGAGAAACGGGACUGCGGUGGGGAAUGGCGGCAGCAGCCAAUUGAGUCCUGCCACGUCAGCGUUGACUGGCCAGCUUGUGGCAGGAGGGAACGGGAGGUUGGGAGGGAGAGGCGGGAGCAAGGGGGAGCUGGCAGGGCCCAUUGAUAUUGUGACGGGGAAUGGGGCGGAGAGGAGAAAUGGAGGGGGCAAUGGUGGGAGUGGUGGUGGUAGUGGUGGAAAAGGGGGGAGUGGGGGGGGAAGCAGGCUCACUCCUGUUUCUGCUGCUGCUGCUGGUGCUGCUGGUGCUGGGGGUGGUGUGAUGGGACUGAUGAAUGGUGCUGCUGGUGUAACGACAGUGGGCAUGGGUGGUAACAAUCAUUGUUACGAUGUGAACGGAGUUGGAGUGAAUGGAGUGGGGAGCGGUUCAGAGGGCUUUGUAGCAAUGGCCCCAGUACCAGUGCCAGCAGCAGCAGCACUGGUGCUUGAAGUGAGGGAGAUCGCCAACAACCAAAGAAGGCUCGGGUCUGAGAUUGACUCCUUGAGUCGUCUCCUUCGCGACUCGCUCGAUUCCGAUACCCCCUCCUCCGCACGCCAUCGCUCCUCCCAUCGCCCUUACUCCUCCUUGCCCCACCACUCCCACUACUCCUCACUCUCUGAUUCCCCCACCUCUGAUUGGUCUGUGUCUCGGGUGGCGACUGUUGCACUGCCAGCUAUUGCCGCGUGUGCUGUUGGGUUGGGCUUGGCCGUGCUGGUGAGGGCAAAACGGUCCAACUAGUAGUAACAAAGGAGGAGUUUGGAGGUUUCUUGAAACAAUGGAAGGGUGGUGGUGGCAUGGAUGGAAUGGCCCACAUAUAUGGUACUCAUUCAGAACUGUGGGCACAGCACAUCCGGAAGGGAUUUGAGCAAGGAAUGUGGUAUGUGCACAAUGGAGAGCAUAUAUCUGCAUGCAAUGCUGUGUCUGAAAUGCCGUGUAAAUUGAAAUGGUAUAACCAUCUGAAGCUGAUGAUAUGU